CUUUUGGCCACUAGAGUCCUCUAUCUAUCUCUAUGGGUGCGGCGUCUGUCUCCAUGGUAAACAAACAUGGCGGUGUCUGGAAAACAUCCAAUUUUGUCCUCCACACCACUGCAGGUCCUGUUCUACCUCAACGGCUGGUAUUUUGCUGCCUACUUCCUUGCUGAGGGUCUGAUGUUUGUUUACAAAGGAUUGUUGCUACCAUACCCACCGGCUAGUCUCACGUUGGACCUUGUGCUACUACUUGUUUUCCUUGGCCUGGAGUCCCUCCGAAUAUUUUACGGUUGGAAGGGGAACUUAACAGAGCGUUCUCUGGCCAUGUCAGUGAGUGUGCUGGUCCUGGUGCCGUGCACCGUGCUGUCUGUGUACUACUUGAUGCUGCAGACCUUCGUCCUGCGCCUGGAGUUCAUCCUUAAUGCUGUGUUACUCUGCUUCUACAGUCUGGAGAUGCUGCUGGGAAUCAUGUCCAUAUCUGCUUUCUCCAGGUCAAAGGUGUACUAAAGAAGAUGAAUGCUGUAGUGUUCCACAUCGUUUCAAGAGGAAUGAAGAAUGGAUUGUUCUGUGAACAUAUUUUAAUCCCACAUGUUGCAGUUUGAGUGUUUUUAAAUGAUCUGUUAAUGGCUUAAUAUUUAUUUAUGUUUUUGUAGUGAUGAAAUGUCACCUUUUUAACUUGUUUUUGUAUCAACUGUCAAUCUUGUGUUACUAGCAACACUAAUGGAAUUGUCUUAUGAGGGUAUUCCAUGUGCUGUACCUGAUAAUGGAAUAUAUUUGUAUGGUUUUGGGGGGGGGAUUCAGAAUUCUGUAUUUAAUGAUUUACUUAAUUAAAACAAGCCCUCAUUCAUUCACCA